AUGUGUAUUCAACGUCUUAAUGCUGACAUCUCCCGGAUUCAACGCUGGGCUGCGGCUAAUCUACUCCAGCUCAACGUAAAUAAAACCAAGGCCAUCAUCAUGGGUGCAAGGCGCUACAUCAAUGCUAUUGACGUACCUGCCCUGCCGCAGCUUGGUUGUCAAGGUUCUGCCAUUGAGAUAGUAAGCAGUGUCAGGAAUUUGGGAGUUUUCAUCGACAGUAAGUUGACCUUUGCUUCCCACAUACAACGUGUGGACUCCAAGAUCAACACUGCUCUCUACCAACUCUACAGUCUGCGUGAUUACACUGAUGCUCCACUGCUACGGGACCUGCAACUCCAGCGCAUGAUCAAUAGAGCUGUGAGGUUUGUGACAGGUCUUCCCCGAGAUGCGCCGAUUUCGGAAGCUCGGCGGAGUCUGGGCUGGCUCUCUAUCUCUGGGUACAGAACGGUAGUCAUAGCCUCCGUAAUGUAUCAGGUACAGAGCACUGGUACCCCGCAGUAUCUUGCUGACCUCUUUGCUGUCUACACGUCUACCAGACCUCGACGACAGGCACUGGCACAGCUCGCCCUGGUUGUGCCCAACUAUCGCACCGACACCUAUAAAGCAGCACUGGCUGUUGCUGGUCCGGAGACCUGGAAUAGCAUCCCUGUCAACAUCCGAGAACUCACGUCACCCACGUCCUUCAAGGGGCACUUGAAGCGCUGGCUCCUCGACAAUGAGCAGCACGGCUGA